UCAAUGCGUGCAAGUAAUGUAUAAUGCAUGUCCCAACAAAAUAUAAAUUAAAAUCAACAGCGUGACGAACUAAAUUAUUGGAAGAAACUAAGCCACCACUCCCAUCUACCACCGACAACCAAGUUUCACCAUGGGAAACAAUUCCAAUGAAGAAGAUGGAGGAGAACCCAACAAAAACAAUUACCACGUAAUAGACAUGUGCAAGUGGAAAGUUAACCAAGAGAGACUAGCUUCCAUGCAAGCCAAGAUCACAGGUAGCCCUAAACUUUUAAGUAAAGGCGCAGGCAAGAGAACCUGUUGCAUCUUCAGGGUUCCACAGAGCCUAAUCGACGCAAACGGAAAAGCCUACCAUCCCCGAAUCGUGUCCAUUGGUCCUUACCACCGCGCCCAAUCUCGCCUGAACAUGAUCGAGGAACACAAGUGGAGCUACCUCGCUUCCCUACUUGCUCGGACACACCUCCAUGGGUUAACUUUAGAGGCCCUAUUAGAAUCCCUGGCACCCUUAGAAUCCAGAGCCAGAGAGUGUUACUCCGAAGCCCUUCAACUAGACACUCACGAUUUCAUCGAGAUGAUGGUCCUUGACGGUUGUUUCAUCAUCGAGCUCUUCCGCAAGGUUGCAAGAUUGGUACCCUUUGAACUCAACGAUCCCUUAGUCACCAUGUCCUGGAUUUUACCCUUUUUCUACCGAGAUUUCCUCAAGCUAGAAAACCAGAUCCCGUUCUUCAUCCUUCAACGCUUGUUUGAGGUCUCAAACAUCCCCCAAGAUAAGUCAACGUCCUCGCUCACUGCCCUCGCACUGGAAUUCUUCAAUAACAUUUUGCUUAGGCCAGACGAGGUAAUAGCGCAGAAGAGCACGACCGCAAAGGGGAUGCACUUACUGGACCUGAUUCGGUCCAGCUUCAUCCCGAACGACGAACAAGUGGCAGAGCCAAAAACGGUGUCAACACCAACGCACGUGAUCCAAUGCGUCUCCAAGCUUCGGUGUUCAGGGAUCAAGAUCAACCCGGGGAACGACAAAGAAACAUUCCUGCAAGUAACAUUCAAACACGGCGUGAUCGAGAUGCCGAUGCUAACGGUAGACGACUUCAUGAGCUCGUUCUUGCUCAACUGUGUGGCGUUCGAGCAGUGCUACAGCUCGUGCUCCAAGCAGUUCACCACGUACGUCACGCUUUUGGACUGCCUCAUAAACACGUACAGGGAUGUGGAGUACCUGUGCGACAGGAACAUAAUAGAGAACCACUUUGGGACUGAAGGGGAAGUUGCGAGCUUCGUUAACAACGCUGGCAAAGACGUCGCGGUUGACUUGGAAAUGUGUUACUUGUCUCGAUUGUUCAACGAGGUUCAUCAGUAUUAUAGUAAUAGUUGGCAUGUUCAGUGGGCUACCUUCAAGUAUAGGUAUUUUGAUACGCCAUGGUCCUUUAUCUCUGCACUUGCUGCCUUCGUUUUGUUGCUUCUUACUGUGGCUCAGACCUACUUCGCGGCUUAUCAGUAUUUUGAUCCCCAAAAAUUUAACUGAUUAAUUGACGCUGAUUUUCUUCUGAUCUACAAUGACAUACAUACUGGCUCUGUCUGUAGAGUUGUUGCUCUGGUGUAACCCCUUUUUUGGCACAAAUUUUUACAUAUCAUCUACUUGAUAAAAAUAGCUUCUAGCCACUUUGUGUAUCUUAAAUAAGCGUUGUUAGUCGUUACGUGGAAAAAUCAAAGUUUCAUAAACAUAGUAAAAGAAAGAGGUUUCAUUAACAUGUAUAAAAA